AUGCGCGCCGCGCUCCCAGCCCUCAAGGCGAGCUCGAGCUCAAAGCAGUGGCUCGCGCGACAAGCGCGGGACCCGUUCGUGCGCGCGCGCGCCGGCGAGGACAGCGCGAGCACGACAGCCAAGACGCCAAAAACGUACCGCGCGCGAUCGAGCUUCAAGCUCGACGAGCUGGCGCGCAAGCACCCUGCCAUCCUGUCCGGGCGCGCGGUGGUCGACCUCGGCGCCGCGCCGGGCGGCUGGAGCCAGGUGGCGGAGCGCGCGAUCCGGCACCGGCACGGCGUGGUCGUCGCCGUCGACCUGCUGCCUAUCGAGCCUAUGCCUGGCGUCGAGGUGGUCACGGGGGACUUUUUCGCGCCCGACGUGCGGUCGCGGGUCGAGCAGCUGCUGGCCGCCGGAGACCGCUACGACCGGACCACGGCGGACGUCGUGCUCUCCGACAUGAUGGCGGCCAUGAGCGGGAACCGCGUGCGCGACGUCCAGGCCAGCUUGGACCUCGUCGAGGCUGCUACGGAGUUUGCGCACCUCGUCCUCCGGCCCGCGGAUGGCGACUACUAUGCAGGCGGAAGUCUGGUCAUGAAAUAUUUCCACCACCCCGACCUCGUCGAGUUCAAGAAGACGCAGCUCGACCCGUGCUUCGCCAAGGUCGUAACCGACAAGCCCAAGGCCAGCAGGGCAGAGUCGAGCGAGGCAUACUUUGUGUGUCUGGGCUACAAGGGCCGAGCGGGCGGCAGUGUCUGA